GGGGAAGAGGUGCGAGGGACGAGGGAAACGUCAUGUUCUCACUGCGUUUCGUACGGUUAUAAAGAUUUUUUCUCAAAGAUUACCAGGCGUGUAUCCAACCCAAAUUAAUUAAUUUAAAGUAUUUAUUUACAACUCUUUGCUUAAUAUUUUGACCUUGUUUAUGUUCGUUAAUAUUUUUUUUUAAAUUUAUGUUAGUUUAGAAAUGCAGCAUUCAUGUGAAUGUUUUGUAACUACAGUGAAAACCGCGCAAAAUCUAAAACGUGCGAAGUCUUUAUACACACUUUGUGUAAAUUAGUGGCAGAAUAAUUCAGGGGCGAACUUUUUAUUUAAUUGUUCCUCUUAGAAUAUGGAGCAUAAUACAACGGAUUUCCCACGGAACGAUACAUUGGGCGACUGGAGUUCUGGCGUUAGUUCGUCAACUGAUUUGGCGUUGCCUGGCGCGCAGUCUUCGGCGUUUAAACGACACCUCAUACGGAGCAGAUAUGGAGGUCCACCACCAAAGCGCGCAGUCCCUGCUAUCCGACUGGACGCUGGGUUCAAAUGGAAUUUGCAGGCUCUCGCCAACGCAGCCGAUGCAGUGGAAUCUGGUGGCAAGUCGCCGGUGUCGGCGCUGAACGAAUUGGGCGUUCGCGUCUCCUACUCUGUUCUGCAGCAGGGCGGACCAGCACACUGUCCUAGCUUUACCGUUGCCGUCACUGUGGCGGACAUGACGUUCGAGGGUUGGGGGCACAGCAAGCGCGAAGCUCGGGCUGCAGCAGCGCGCGCCUGCUUGGCGGCGUUGCUUGCACGCGCUGGUCGUCUACUGCCAGCGCCUCCGAGACACCAGGACUUCACCAGCGACGACCCUCCCAACGGACAAGCGUCGGAGUUCCAGUGUCUCGAGAUGAAAACGAAGCAGCAGAAUGCUUUGCCCAAGCCCGUGGUGGAGCCUCCAGCUGUGAACGUAUCGGCGAGCGCGGCGCUCUUCGGUCCCCCAGUACCGGUGCCGGCCCACAAGAGCCCCAUCAACACACUGUACGAGAACUAUCCCGGGCUCACCUUCAUCUGCACCUACGGGGACGGCUCGCCAUUGGACUCCAUGCAGGCACCGCUUCAGCUGAGUCACAGUAUGAGAUUUAAAGUGGUCUGUCAGAUCAAGGAUCAGAAGUUUGAAGGUUACGGGUCGAGUAAGAAGCUGGCGAAGCUGGCGGCGGCGCGCGCGGCGCUGGGCGAGCUGCAUGAGGCGCGCGCUGCGCCGCAGCGCGUCUUCACCUCGGCGCCGCUCCCCCAGCUGCUGGCCGACCACGUGGCCAGAUUAGUAAAUGAAAAAUUUAACGAGCUGAUGCGUGGUGACCUGGUGCACUCCAAGCGGAAAGUCCUCGCCGGCAUUGUGAUUACCAUCAACUACAGCGUGGAAGGUGCCAGGGUGAUAGCUGUUACGACUGGCACCAAGUGUGUGUCCGGGGAACAUAUGUCGGUGACAGGAAUGGCCCUGAACGACUGCCAUGCUGAGGUGGCAGCCCGUCGUUGUCUCCAGAGGCAUCUGUACGCUCAGCUUCUGAUGUAUGCGUCUUCACCAGAUCCCCGUAAGCCCAUACCGCAAUCAGACCUGGAGCCAUUGCCUGACGGCGGGUACCAGUUGAAGCUGGACCGUCAGAUACACUUAUACGUCAGCACGGCGCCUUGUGGAGACGGACGGAUCUUCAGUCCACACGAGCAUAAUGAAGCUGAGCCGGACAAACACCCAAACAGACUCGCCCGCGGACAGUUGAGGACGAAGAUAGAGUCCGGAGAAGGCACGAUUCCCGUAAAGAACUGCAACAACUUCAUCCAAACCUGGGAUGGAGUUUUGCAGGGCGAGCGGCUGCUGACGAUGUCGUGCUCGGACAAGGUGGCGCGCUGGUGCGUGGUGGGGCUGCAGGGCGCGCUGCUGGCGCGCCUGCUGCGCCCCGUCUAUCUGCACGCGCUCGUGCUUGGCUCGCUGCUGCACCCGCACCAUCUUCACAGAGCAAUAUGCGGCCGAAUCGAGAGCUACAUCUCAUCUCUUCCUCCCCCGUUCCGGCUGCAUAGACCGAUGCUGGCGCGCGCUGCUAGCACAGAAGCGCGCACCCCGGCCAGGGCACCGUCGUUCAGCGUUUGUUGGAGCUGCGCCUCCCCGGUGCCGGAGAUAGUGAACGCGACCACGGGCAAGCUGGAGAAUGGUCAGCCAUCGCUGUUGUGCAAGCAGAGCAUGUUCGCGAGGUGGCAGUACUUGGUCACCAGACUCCCACUCUUACCUCAGGAAACAGAACCGGGCGUGAUUAACAAGUCGGUGCCUUCAGAUUUGGAGAAUCUGCCUUACAACGAGGCCAAACAACUCUGCACCACUUAUCAGGUAGCCAAAGAAUGUCUGGUGGAGGCGUUCGAGAAAGCAAACCUCGGACGGUGGGUGAAGAAACCAAUCGAGCAGGAUAAUUUCGUCUGCGACAUACAUAAUCCAGAUCCGAAUGCGCUGUUCGCCUAGACGGACAACAACCUACGCGUUUGUAACACUGUGCAGGCAGGAACCACGCAGUUGAAUGAAUUUAGAGAUGUUUCCAUUAAUUGUUAUGCGCAAUAUGACGAAAAUAUUGAAAAAUGUGCAAUAAAAGACAAACAAAAUGAAUAUAAUAAUGUAGCCGAGGUUUUUGCGGGUAGUAGUAAAAAAACGAUUGAAAUAGGGGCGUCAAAUUAUGAAAACAAUGAAAUAAGUCAAACUGAGAGUAGAACUAACAAUAAGUUAUUACAAAAUAGUUUAAGAGUUGAUCCAAAGUUUAGUAAAGACUCUUUAGAAGUUGAUAGCAAUGAUAAAGAACGUGUAAGUUGUUCUAAAGUAGAUUCAAAUACUUCAAAUUGGUUGGGUUGUAGAGCAAACAAUCCAUUCGGUACAAAUUUUAAAUUUAGGUUUAAUAUAAACGAAAAAAAGAAUAACUUUGAUUGUAUAAAUGAUUUACAUCGUUUUAAUACGGAAGCUGAGAUUGCUAAUCAGAGAAAUGUAAAAAGUAAUCCAGUAUAUAAUUUCUUAAUAUC